GUGACGGGCACACGUGACUGAAGGAGAUUUCACAGUGUUGCAGCGUCCGUUCUGAUUCAGUGUGAGACACGUGUGUGUGAGAGAGGGAGAGAGACCGGCACUGCUCUGCGGGAACACUACAGACUUCUUCAAAAUGCUGCGUUUGUCCACCGUACUGCGCCAAGCGCGCCCAGUAUCCCGAACCCUGGUUCCCUGUCUUUGCCGAGCCUAUGCUAAAGAGGUGAAGUUUGGAGCCGAAGCCAGAGCACUUAUGUUGCAAGGUGUUGACCUUCUAGCCGAUGCUGUUGCAGUCACUAUGGGGCCAAAGGGAAGAACUGUCAUAAUUGAGCAGUCAUGGGGGAGUCCUAAAGUAACCAAAGAUGGUGUCACAGUAGCAAAAGCAAUUGAUCUAAAAGACAAAUACAAAAACAUUGGCGCUAGACUAGUUCAAGAUGUUGCCAAUAAUACAAAUGAAGAAGCUGGUGAUGGCACAACUACAGCAACUGUCCUUGCUAGAGCAAUUGCUAAGGAAGGUUUUGAAAAAAUCAGUAAAGGUGCAAAUCCAGUUGAAAUCAGAAGAGGUGUUAUGUUGGCGGUUGAUGCUGUAAUUACAGAGUUGAAGAAACAGUCAAAACCUGUAACAACACCAGAAGAGAUAGCACAGGUGGCUACAAUAUCUGCAAAUGGAGAUCAUGAAAUUGGCAAAAUAAUUUCGGAUGCCAUGAAAAAAGUUGGUCGCAAUGGUGUAAUAACUGUCAAGGAUGGGAAAACACUUCAUGAUGAACUGGAGAUAAUUGAAGGUUUGAAGUUUGAUCGAGGCUACAUCUCUCCCUAUUUUAUAAACACUGCUAAAGGUCAAAAAUGUGAAUUCCAAGAUGCAUAUCUUCUGCUUAGUGAAAAGAAAAUUUCUAGUGUUCAGUCUAUAGUUCCAGCUCUUGAGAUUGCCAAUGCCCACCGCAAGCCUUUAGUCAUUAUAGCUGAAGAUGUUGAUGGGGAAGCUUUGAGUACUUUGGUUUUAAACAGGCUGAAAGUUGGUCUUCAGGUAGUUGCUGUGAAAGCCCCAGGUUUUGGUGAUAAUCGCAAAAAUCAGCUUAAGGAUAUGGCCAUUGCUUCAGGUGGAGUUGUUUUUGGAGAAGAGGCUCUCAGCUUGACUAUUGAAGACAUUCAGCCACAUGAUUUUGGAAAGGUGGGAGAGGUUAUUGUUACAAAGGAUGACACAAUGAUAUUGAAAGGAAAGGGAGACAAGUCACAGAUUGAGAAAAGAAUUGCUGAAAUCCAGGAGCAGUUGGAAUCUACAACCAGUGAAUAUGAAAAAGAAAAAUUAAAUGAGCGACUGGCUAAGCUUUCUGAUGGCGUUGCUGUACUAAAGGUUGGUGGAACCAGUGAUGUUGAAGUUAAUGAAAAGAAGGACCGAGUAACAGAUGCUUUGAAUGCCACACGUGCAGCAGUAGAGGAAGGCAUUGUAUUAGGCGGUGGCUGUGCACUGUUGCGUUGUAUACCAGCGCUGGACGCCUUGAUACCAUCUAACGAGGAUCAAAAAAUUGGAAUUGAAAUAAUCAGAAAAACACUGAAAAUCCCUGCAAUGACGAUAGCGAAGAAUGCUGGUGUUGAAGGAUCAUUGAUUGUUGAGAAAAUCCUGCAGAGCCCUGUUAACAUUGGAUAUGAUGCUAUGCUUGGGGAAUUUGUUGAUAUGGUGGAAAAAGGCAUCAUUGACCCCACUAAGGUUGUACGGACUGCUCUAAUGGAUGCAGCAGGUGUUGCUUCUCUCUUGUCAACUGCAGAAGCAGUAGUGACAGAAAUCCCAAAAGAGGAGAAGGAUCCUGGUAUGGGUGGAAUGGGCGGUAUGGGUGGCAUGGGAGGAAUGGGAGGAGGAAUGUUCUAAAGGACUCUUGAAUAGAGAGCUGUUUACGGACUGUGCAGCACCUACAGUUGUCCAGAAGUCAUGAAGACCAGAAGAUCCAUAAUGGCUGGCGGAAAAAAAAGGGGGGACCCUUUGAAGAUUAUGCAGUUUGUCUGUCAUCAUGCCUUUUGAAUAAUUUAUUACAGAUUCAUCUUUGUACAUUCCUUAGGUGUCUGUACCUGUAUUUUGCAAUAUUGUAAGUUUUUUUUUUUUUUUUUCUUUUUGUUUGUUUUUUUUAAAUAAAUUUUUCAACAGUGAUACUUGAAUAGUGUAAUAUUGCUUAACUGUAAAAUUGUACAUGUCCAUUAUUCUGCAGAAAUUACUAUCGCCCUUAAAGUGUAAUAUAAUCCCUAAAUAAACACUAGCGCUUUAACAGAUUAUUCUAAA